GUCUCGUUUAAACAGGUCUUUUCGUUUCUGCAGUUUCUGCUUGAGUUUUAGGGUUUGAGUACUGAGUCCAUAGAUUGAUAAGUUUAAGGAAGGAAGUUGGGUAUCAUGAGCCUUAAGGCAUUAGACUAUGAAACACUGAAUGAAAACGUGAAGAAAGUUCAAUAUGCAGUCCGAGGCGAGUUGUAUCUUCGAGCUUCUGAGCUUCAGAAGGAAGGGAAGAAGAUUAUUUUCACAAAUGUUGGCAACCCUCAUGCUCUUGGACAAAAACCACUGACUUUCCCUCGCCAGGUGGUUGCUCUGUGCCAAGCUCCAUUUCUGCUAGAUGAUCCUAAUGUAGGACUUCUAUUUCCCGCAGAUGCAAUUGCAAGAGCGAAACAUUAUCUUUCAAUGACUUCUGGUGGUCUAGGUGCAUACAGUGAUUCAAGAGGUAUUCCAGGAGUCAGGAAGGAGGUAGCUGAGUUCAUUGAAAGGCGUGAUGGGUAUCCUAGUGACCCAGAACUCAUAUUUCUCACUGAUGGUGCCAGCAAAGGUGUGAUGCAAAUCUUGAAUUGUAUUAUCCGUGGCGAAGGGGAUGGGAUUUUGGUUCCUGUCCCACAGUAUCCACUUUACUCGGCAACAAUAUCGCUCCUUGGUGGUUCACUUGUUCCGUACUACCUGGAAGAGACUGCAAACUGGGGGUUAGAUGUUAACAAUCUUCGUGAAUCAGUUGCACAGGCUCGCUUCAAAGGGCUAACUGUGAGAGCAAUGGUUAUUAUUAACCCCGGGAACCCUACCGGUCAGUGUCUCAGUGAAGCUAAUUUAAGAGAAAUAAUAAACUUCUGUUACCAAGAAAACUUAGUGUUACUUGGAGAUGAGGUUUAUCAACAGAAUAUAUACCAGGACGAGCGUCCCUUUAUCAGUGCUAGAAAGGUUUUGAUGGAUAUGGGGCCUCCCAUAAGCAAGGAAGUGCAGCUCAUUUCUUUCCACACCGUGUCUAAAGGAUAUUGGGGUGAAUGUGGGCAGCGAGGAGGAUACUUUGAGAUGACCAACCUUCCUCCACAGACAGUUGAUGAGAUCUACAAGAUUGCAUCAAUAGCACUCAGUCCUAAUGUUCCUGCUCAGAUAUUUAUGGGAUUGAUGGUCAACCCUCUCAAACCUGGGGAUAUUUCAUAUGAGCAAUUUAUUAGGGAAAGCCAAGGAAUCCUUCAAUCAUUGAGAAGAAGAGCAAGGAUAAUGACUGAUGGAUUUAACAGCUGCAAGAAUGUGGUUUGUAAUUUCACUGAAGGCGCCAUGUAUUCUUUUCCUCAAAUACGCUUACCUUCUAAAGCUAUAGAAGCUGCCAAGAAGGCAGGAAAGGUACCAGAUGUUUUCUAUUGUCUCAAGUUGUUGGAAGCAACAGGCAUCUCCACCGUCCCUGGUUCCGGAUUUGGACAAAAAGAAGGGGUCUUCCACUUGAGGACGACAAUUUUACCUGCGGAGGAAGACAUGCCUGCGAUCAUGUCGAGCUUCAAGAAAUUCAACGAUGAGUUCAUGGAUGAAUAUGAAGAUAAGUGGAAUCAAUCAAGGAUGUGAAACAUGUUUCCAAGUGUGGUUAGUGUUUAUAUAUUAAUUGUCUGUUGCAGGCCACUCUCUAUCAUACAUGUCCAAAACUUGACUCAUGUUUCUCCUUUUCCUUGAGCUGUAAAACUUCAUCCUACUCAACAUUAUAUCCCCUGCUUCUCUCUU